CCUGUGGCUGCUGUGUGGUCUGGUGUGCGUAUGGUUGGGUGUUGCUGCUGUUGUGUAGGUGUGAUGAUUUAGAAUUUAGAAUUGAGGGGUGUAUUACAAGUAGAGUUUAGAAUGAUAAAAUGGGUAUACGAAAAGGCCAUGUAUAGAACGUUGAAAGAAUAUUAUGACGUAGUUGAAAUCUAGUAAGAGAAAAAUUAAUCUUUGUGUUGUACCACUUUAACGGCCAUUGAACUAGGAGUUGAAGCCGCAGAACCAAGAAUGGUAUCAAUGUUGAAAGAAGUUGUGGGUCGCAGAAUUUGCAACUCCUCAGUUAGGUUGUUCAUGUGAAAAUGGUGAAGACAAGAAGUUGCGACGUAACUCAAGAUUUGGAAGCAGCAAUGCCUGUUAGACACUCAUCCGUGAAAGAGGAAAUUCUUGAGGAGGUAGAGAGCGUUUCCAGUCAGCGCCGAGUGGAAAAGAAUGAGUCUUACACUCUUCAGUCUUGUUCUGGCUGGGGUCGUGAAUUACGCAACCGUUUUGUAUUUAACAACAAAGAUCGCGACCGGUCGUCAACAACAGACUAUACCUUGCGCUCCCAUUAUACAGAACAAGUACCUGUGGGAUCCCGUCGUCGGCAUAUGCGCAGUUGCCGAGUAUCUGUUUCACUUGAUGAGCGAGGCCGUGUUUAUGAAGAAGAUGAGAUGAUGGAAGAUUCAGAUGAUAUUGCUAUGUAUGAGGAGGCUGAUGAUGACGAUGAUGAUGAUGAUAUUUUUACACCUGUUAAAAGAAGAGAGAGCAGAGUUCGGAGGCAAACCUCUCGUCGGCGGACGCUGAGGACAUCUCUGUCACUUCAACAAAAGACGAGCUCGGGUGCUGAUUCUUCAAGAAGCCACCAUGUUAAUCAUAGUGUAACUAGAACUAAACCAGUGAAAACACGUGCUUUGGGAGUAGUGGUAGCGGAUGAAGAAGGAGAAAUGGGCAAUCAAGGAAUGAAUGGUCAUGAUAGCAACUCAGAGAAACGUGGUGCAGAUGACAAUCAAGAAGGAGAAGGAGAAGGUGUGCGUCGCAGCACACGUCAAAGGAAGCUAAUUUACGACAACUUUAACACAAGUUGGAUCCUAGGCACUCAAACUCUGCGUGGCUAUCCUAUGUUCCUGUCAGACAAGGAGGCUGUUGGGACACGAGGUGACAAGGGACUUCACCAGGAUGAGGUGGAACCAGUGGAACCUGGGGAGGAACAGGAUGAUGUGAAAGAGGUUCACAAGAAGCGACGCUCAUUGUCAGAGCUGGAGCCUGCUGUUAUUGAUGAUGGAUAUGAAGAUAUGUACUCAAGAGUGAAACGACCCCGUCGUCCAGUUCAGGGAAUGAUAUAUUCUCCUCAAAAGAAUAAACCCCAUCAAACAAAGCUUACAGAUGGCAGUGAAGAAGAGCCCACUGAGACACAGAGUAGCCGCAGCUCAACAGAUGAUGAAAGCGGGGCUGACGGUCCCACAGGAAAGUACCAUCUACGAAAGACAAAACCAACAGUUGAUAGGUUCCAGGCUAAUGUUGAUCCUCCACGCCGUUCAUCACGAAUUCUACGUUCAGUAUUGUACAGUUCUGUCAGGCGUCAUCGCCACCGUGGUCCAGCACGGGAUGCCAGCUCUUCAAGUAGCAGUGAUGAUGAAAGGUUUGACAGGAAAAAGAAUAAAGGACAUACAAAGACUCGGAACAGGUGCCUGCCACUGAACUUUGAUGCAGCUGCUCUUCCAGGGUCAGGUAACCAUGCACGUGGUGCUGGUGACCAUAAACAAAUUGUAUCUGCAUUAGCUGAUGUGGACCCAAUGUCCCUUGACCGCAGUAUCAGGUUUUGUCAUGUGGGUGGACUUGAAAGCCACAUUCGUUGCCUUAAAGAGAUGGUUGUGUUUCCAAUGCUUUACAGAGAAGUGUUUGAAAAGUUCCAUAUCCAGCCUCCUAAAGGAGUACUUUUUCAUGGACCUCCAGGCACUGGUAAAACCCUAAUUGCUCGAGCUCUGGCAAAUGAAUGUAGUCAAGGAGAUUGUAAGGUCUCCUUUUUCAUGCGGAAAGGUGCUGACUGCCUGAGUAAAUGGGUUGGAGAGUCUGAACGUCAGCUGAGAAUAUUAUUUGAGCAGGCUUACCAGAAGCGUCCAUCUAUAAUUUUCUUUGAUGAAAUUGAUGGCUUGGCUCCUGUGAGGUCAUCAAAACAGGACCAGAUUCAUGCAAGUAUUGUCUCCACUCUCCUUGCUCUAAUGGAUGGACUUGAGAAUAGAGGAGAGAUCAUUGUUAUUGGGGCAACAAAUCGCAUUGAUGCCAUAGAUCCAGCAUUACGGCGCCCUGGUCGUUUUGACCGUGAAUUAUACUUUCCUCUUCCUGCAAAAAAGGAACGUCAAGAGAUCUUACGAAUUCACGUAAGCCAAUGGGAACAGCCCCCCAACCCCAAUCUGUUGAGUCAUCUAGCAGAGCAGGCAGUUGGGUAUUGUGGUUCAGAUCUUAGAGCACUGUGUUCUGAAGCUGUAAUUCAAGGUCUACGGAGAAGAUAUCCCCAGAUUUACAAGUCAUCCCAGAAGUUGCUACUUGAUCCCAACGCUGUUAUGGUUGAACGAGUGGAUUUCAUCCGAGCUAAGUGUCACAUUGUACCUGCUUCACAUCGAGUUACACCUGGUGCAGGCCGCAAGUUAUCUAGUUUUAUUGAACCAUUACUGAAGAAACCUCUGGAUUAUGCAGUCAGUUCAUUGAAGGAAUCGUUUCCACAUGGCAUGUCACGUUUUGUUGCCAGUAGCUCAAAAAUAGUAGGAGCUUCUCGAACAGUUCAUAGGCCACGUCUGCUCUUGGUUGGUUCAAGUCCCAGACAAGCUCAGACUUCACAUCUUGGACCCUCUCUUCUGCACUACAUGGAACAUGUGGCUGUUCACACGCUGGAUCUCUCAUCUCUGUUUGAGGUGUCAGGAAGAACUCCAGAGGAAGCAUGUAUUCAGAUUUUUCAAGAGGCUCGGCGUAAUUUGCCAUCCAUAAUAUACGUUCCUGCAAUUGCUCAAUGGUGGAAUUUGGUUCCAGAGACCCUUCAUGCAGUAUUUUUGUCACACAUCUGCAAGCUGGAUCCAAGUGCUCCAAUUUUACUUAUUGCUACAGCCGACAUUCCAUAUAAUAAUUUGCCUCAGGAGGUUUGCUCACUAUUUAGUGAGUACCGAGGUGAGGUGCUAGUUAUGCAAGAUCCACCUGCGGUUGAUAGGGAAUCAUUUUUCAAGCCAUUGUUCCUAGCUGAAGCCAUUCGUCCACCAAAGAAUCUUCGGAAAGUGUCUAAGCAUCUUGAAGAACUUCCAUUAGCUCCUCCACCUCAGCCUCUAAAACUGACCGAAGAAGAACUAAAAGCUUUGUAUGAAAAGGAAGAAGGAACUCUCAGAGAAUUGCGAAUAUUUUUACGUGAAAUUUGUGCAAAGCUUGCGCGUAAUCGCCAGUUCUUCAUGUUUACAAAGCCAGUGGAUGUCCAAGAAGUGCCAGAUUACUUAUCCAUCAUAAAACAACCAAUGGACCUAGAAACAAUGAUGACAAAAAUAGAUCUACAUCGAUAUCUGUGUGCUCAGGACUUCCUUGACGAUGUUGACUUGUUAUGUCGCAAUGCGCUGGAAUACAAUCCAGACAGAGAUCCUGCUGAUAAGUUGAUUCGUCAUCGUGCAUGUUCCCUGCGUGAUACUGCAUACACUUUAAUAAAAGCAGAGAUGGAUUCUGACUUUGAGGAGCAAUGUAAAGAAAUCUCUCGAGCAAGGAGGCAGCGAGCUGAAUCUCCGUCCAGAUUUGCACCUGAGUUUGUGCGCACCAAACCACAGGCUUCUCGAGCAACUCCAGAUGAAGGUCAGGCUCAGCAAACUGCAGAAUUGUCCAAAGAAUUGCAAGUAGCAGCAACCACAAAAGAAGAGGAUGUAAAAUCAGGCAACCAAACAAGUACCCCUAUAUGUGGUACAAAUGGGAGUACAGCAGGAAUGAAGAAACGAAUUUGGAAAUUUGGGGGCAGUAGCAGUGAGAAUUACCGUCCUAAGAAACGUCGGAAUUGGGCAAGAGGUUUCAUCAAAGCGAAGAGCAAGAAGAUGUCUAUGCGUAGAAUUGUGUCAUCAUCAUUCCCGCCCCAUGCUUCUAACCAUACUGCCUCUCCAUCUUCAGCCAAUGUCUCAGCAGAGUCAAGUUGUGCAUCGCUAAUGCAAGAUAUAAGCAUGCAGGGACAUAAAGAAGAUGGAACUCCUUGGAGAAUAGAUGAUGCAUUUCAAACUGCCAGCAAGGAAUUCAACAGUAGUGCUAACAUCAUCUCAAAGAACUGCUUGAUUAUGGUUAAUGGUGAAAAUCCGACUAAUAGAGAAAGUCCUGCUUUGUUUGGAGAUGUUGCUGUAACAAAGACUGAGUCUUCAAAUGAAGACAACCAAGAUGUUUCACAAACUCUGAAUCGAAGUUUGACACCAGUGUCUUCCCACUGCCAAAGUAUCUCAGAGUCUUUUAUUGAAGACACCCUCAAUGAAAAUGAUCCUGCUGAUGAUUUAAUGAGCUUUUGUGAUGGUGCUAGUCAAGAUGAUGCUGGUGAAGUUGUCAGCAAGCAGUGUAUUAAUGUUCUUGAUAGUCAAGAUGUAGAAAAACAGACUGAAUUAGUUACGCGAACAGUAGAAAUCAGUGUUGAUGAGCUAAAGCACCUGUUGGCUAGAGCUGUGGAGAUAACAAAGCAUUGUCAAGUGGAAACAUUAGUUGAACUGUACAUCCAGCUCAACAAAUGUGUGGUCAGGCAUAGUAAGUCAUGGAAUAGAACAUCCCUACCUCAGGAACUUGAAAAUGAACUGAGACGGUUUGAGGAACACAAUAAUAUCAACAUCACUGCCAGUUAACUUGAUUCAUAGUUAGCACUCAAACUAUGUCAAGUGCUCAAGAUUGUGUCAUGACCACUGCCAAUUUACUCUCUUCAAUUCGUCCAAGCUGUCAGUCUGUUGAUUAGUCAUUCAGUCAGGCAGUGGAUGAAGUCUGGUACAGUAUUAGCCUCAAGUGUAAAUUAAUCGGGGCCAUUGAGGUUCAUAGUUCGUAGGGUGAUUUGCUAUAAUUGAUUGGGAAAGUAUGAACUAUGAAGUAAGUUACCAGACUCUGUGCAAUUCAUGUUAAUUCAUUAGGUAAGGAGAUAUAUUUGGUUAUUUUGUGAGAUGUGAGAGAACCGAGUUGGUUUCAUUGAUGCCAUUAGAUGGAAGGUAUAGAGGUUACUAGGCCCAUAAGGUCAUGAGUGAAGCAGCCCCAUUCUUCCCCCCAUAUUUCUGUUAGAUUGUGCUGAAAUUUCUUACAUCAGAAGUUUCUAAUCGAAAAUCUAUUCUCAGGAAAUUAUUACUUAUAAUAUGUAAGACUGAAUUUAUGAAACUCUCAAAGAAUUUAUUGAAUGAGAAUGCAGCAAAAUAUUACAAAAUUAUUACCUUUAUGUAAUAUGGAUUUGCCAUGUGUUAUAAUUUUUAUUUAUAUAAUUUUAUAUAUUGGCAACGAUUUAUAAUUUCCUUAGUGAUGUUUUUUUUAAAGCAUUGCCUUCAAACACAGUUAAUUCAGAACAAUUUAGAAGUAAUAAGCAGAUGGUGUUUAUUAAAUUCUGAAGGGAUCUGAUGGUCAUAUAUAAUACUCGGAAUUACUGGGCUUUCAACUUCAUCCAUGGUCCAGUAUUCUAGAAAAUAGAGAACACAA